AUAACAAUAUUUAGGAUAGACUGUGCUGUGAAUAUAGAAAAUUAAUAUUUUAUUGUAUUGCUGUGCAAGAACAUUUUCUAGUAUUCUUAUUAGGAUUUCUCAACUUUUUCAUCAGUGAGCCGUUAUUAAAACUUUGUCAUCAUUUUUUCACCAGAGUUUAUACACGAUCUAAAGGAAAUACCAAUAAAAACAUUAUUUUUAACAGAUAGAUUCGGUGUGGGGUUGGGCGUCACCGCCCUUACGCCUUCAAUUCGCCUCCCAUUCGCGGGGGCCUUGCAGAAUGGGUGAGACAACAGGAGGCGAUCGACCACCAUCUCCUGCUCGACUUACUCAUACAUCUGACAAGCACCCAAAGAACACAUUGACGGAAUUGAAUUUGCUUCGUAGGCAUAGAGAGUUAUGUGAUGUUGUACUGAAUGUUGGAGGAAGAAAAAUAUUCGCUCACAGAGUAAUACUAAGUGCAUGCAGCCCUUAUUUUCGAGCAAUGUUUACUGGAGAGUUAGCCGAAUCUAGACAGACUGAAGUAACAAUUAGAGAUAUAGAUGAAUUGGCUAUGGAUUUGCUUAUAGACUUUUGUUAUACUUCUCAUAUUGUUGUUGAAGAAUCUAAUGUCCAAAUGUUGCUACCCGCAGCUUGCUUACUACAACUUACAGAAAUUCAAGAUAUUUGUUGCGAGUUCCUUAAAAGACAACUGGACCCAUCUAAUUGUCUGGGCAUAAGAGCUUUUGCAGACACUCAUUCAUGCAGAGAGUUGUUGAGAAUAGCAGAUAAAUUUACUCAGCACAAUUUCCAAGAAGUGAUGGAAUCGGAAGAGUUCAUGUUAUUGCCUGUAGGGCAGUUGGUGGACAUAAUUGCAAGUGAUGAAUUAAAUGUGAGAACUGAAGAACAAGUAUUUAAUGCAGUAAUGUCAUGGGUAAAGUACAAUGUAGCAGAAAGGAGACAGCAUCUUCCCUCAGUUUUGCAGCAUGUUAGAUUGCCCUUACUCAGCCCUAAGUUUCUUGUUGGAACCGUGGGGUCAGAUCUGUUGGUUAGAUCGGAUGAAUCUUGCAGAGAUUUAGUAGACGAAGCAAAAAACUAUUUGCUUUUGCCUCAAGAGAGGCCUUUAAUGCAAGGGCCUAGAACUAGACCAAGGAAACCAACAAGGAGAGGUGAAGUGUUGUUUGCUGUUGGUGGUUGGUGUAGUGGAGAUGCCAUAGCUUCAGUAGAAAAGUUUGAUCCUCAAACAAUGGAAUGGAAGAUGGUAGCACCAAUGAGUAAAAGAAGGUGUGGAGUUGGUGUGGCAGUGUUAAAUGAUUUGUUGUAUGCUGUUGGAGGACAUGAUGGACAGAGUUAUUUAAAUAGUAUAGAGAGGUAUGAUCCACAAACAGACCAGUGGUCGUGUGACGUAGCACCGACGACAUCUUGUAGAACAAGCGUUGGAGUUGCUGUUUUAGAUAAUUUAUUAUAUGCAGUUGGUGGUCAGGAUGGUGUGCAAUGUUUAAAUCACGUCGAAAGAUUUGAUCCAAAAGAAAACAAAUGGUCCAAAGUGGCGCCAAUGACUACCAGAAGACUAGGCGUAGCUGUUGCAGUUUUAGGAGGCUAUCUGUAUGCUAUAGGUGGUUCUGAUGGACAAUCUCCUUUAAAUACUGUUGAAAGGUACGAUCCGCGUCACAACAAAUGGACGCUAGUUAGUCCUAUGUCUACCAGACGGAAACAUUUAGGCUGUGCUGUAUUUAACAAUUUAAUUUAUGCUGUUGGCGGUAGAGAUGAUUGUAUGGAACUGAGUAGCGCCGAAAGAUACAAUCCACAUACAAAUACGUGGAGUCCAAUAGUGGCUAUGACCUCGAGGAGAAGUGGGGUUGGCUUGGCAGUGGUCAACGGCCAAUUGUACGCCGUGGGCGGAUUCGACGGUACAGCUUACUUGAAAACGAUCGAAUUCUACGACACGGAGCAGAAUCAGUGGCGUCUGUGCGGUUCUAUGAACUACAGGCGAUUGGGUGGCGGAGUCGGCGUUAUGCGGGCCCCGCAAACGGAGAAUCGCAUAUGGUAGUUUUCGCGAUUGUUGACGCCACACUUUCUCUACUUCCACGACGAGGUAUGACGGUGGUAGCUGGACUUUCGAAUGGAAGUUGUCCGUUCCAAAGUCUACUCCGAUAAUGUCAGAUAACUGAGAUGAGUACCUGCCAGAGAAGACAGUACGAUAAUCAACAUUUUGUCUCAAGUCCCUAGGUAUUAUAGAGUACUGCAAUUAUAUUCAUUUUACCUUAGUUUAGAGGCGGGAAAUUCGAAAUUGAGAGCAUAAUAUAGUUAUAGAAUCACCCUAUAUACAUAUACAAGGUGUCCCAGGCUGAGCGUGCAUUAGGAGUUUCUAGAGAACUGUAAUAUCUAGAUCGGAGAUUUUUUGCACAUCAUUGUUUUGCAA